UGAUACUGGGCUGUGGGACAGAGUACUUCAGUCACAGAAGCGCAGUGGCCCAGAAUGAUGCUGUUCAGCUCGAGUUCACUGCUCUGAAGGACAUGUGUUCCUGUCCCACCCUGGGCCAGCUCUAACAGGCGCACCCAUCCUGCCUGCUGCCUGCUCUUGCUGCACUGCUGAGUUCUCUGGAUGCUGAGCAAUGAACGGCACGGGCCCCAUGUGCAGAAGUGACAACACGGACAACCUGAGCUCGUGCACCAACAGCAGUGCAUGGUCCUACAGUGGUGUGGAUGCCGCAUCCUUCAUGCAUGUGUUCCCCUCCAUCUACGGUAUCAUCUGCACCAUCGGCGUGAUUGCCAACAGCCUGGUCAUCUAUGCAGUGGCCACAUGCAAGAAGAAGAUGGUUUCGGACAUAUACGUACUGAACCUGGCCAUCGCUGACAUGCUCUACCUAGUGGUCAUGCCAUUCACCAUCCACCAGCUGGUCCGUGAGCGCCAGUGGGUCUUUGGCAGCUUCAUGUGCCGGGCAGUCAUGGUGGUGGACGUGAGUAACCAGUUUACCACGGUGGGCAUCGUUACCGUGCUCUGCAUAGACAGGUACAUUGCCAUUGUCCACCCCACCUCAGAAAAGAGGACCAUUCGGUGGACAAUUGUCAUCAACGCCAUGGUGUGGGUGGGCAGCCUGCUGUCCUCCAUUCCGGUCAUGAUGUACACGAGAACUGUGCGCAGGAAGCAGAUGGAGGUGUGCAUCCUGGACCUCCCACAAGGCCCACAGGACAUGUAUUGGUACACACUCUACCAGUCCACUAUUGGCUUCAUCAUCCCUCUUAUCAUCAUCAGCACCUUCUACUCACUCACCCUUUACCAUGUCUUUCGCUCAGUGCGCCGGGUAAAGCGCAAGCAGUCGGUGUGGGCCAAGCGGGCCACCAAGACGGUGCUCAUGGUCAUUGCCAUCUUCCUCUUGUGCUGGUCACCCUACCACAUAAUCCAGGUGGUAAACCUGAGUGUGGCUCAGCCAACCAGCACGUUCAUCUAUGCCUACAAUAUCACCAUCUGUCUCAGCUACUCACACAGCUGCAUUAACCCACUCAUGCUGCUAAUGUUUGCGCAGAACUACCGCGAGCGAAUCUGCAGGAAGAAGGAGUUCCGCAGCAGCAACCAGAGCUCUUCGAAGACCACAGUGGUCAAGACUGAGGGUGGCACAACUGUCAUUGCUGACUCCAAUGAGAUCAGCACAGUCAUUUGA